GGACGAUGGCGUUCAGGAGGGCUCUGAAACGCACGGCCGCCGUCGGCGGGGGGGUCGUCGUCGGCGCGUUCGGCCUGUCGCAGCUCAUCGAGUACAAGAAGACGCAGAGCAGAGUUCAGGCUUCAUGCUAAGCUACGUUAGCCGUGCGGAUGUGGAACCUCUGGGCCUGGUGGCGUUCGAAGGGGACGAGCAGCUGUGUUCCCUCCGGACCUCAAAGCCUAUUUUAAGCAAAGCCACACCACCACAUACCAGACUUUAUUCGACUGUGCAACCUAAUGUGAACUUGUUGUUGUUUUUUUGUCCUGAUGGGAUAAUGUCGUCUCUUGCCCACCGCCGUCCUCUCCACCAAGCAUGGAUUGGCCCAGCUGGCCCGCGUGGCUGCAGAAGCGGAUCUGAGGGUUCCCUUCGCCGACGAGCUCCCCUCCCGGCGGGCCCAGCUCGCCGCGCUGCAGAGCGGCGAGGAGUUUGACGUCCUGGUGGUCGGAGGCGGGGCCACGGGGGCGGGGUGUGCCUUAGACGCCGUCACACGCAACCUGAAGACGGCGCUGGUGGAGAGGAGCGACUUCUCGUCGGGGACGAGCAGCCGCAGCACCAAGCUGCUGCACGGGGGGGUCCGCUACCUGCAGAAGGCCAUCAUGCAGCUGGACUACGAACAGUACAUGAUGGUGAAGGAGGCCCUCCACGAGCGAGCCAACCUGCUGGAGAUCGCACCUCACCUGUCCGCGCCGCUGCCCAUCAUGCUCCCCGUGUACAGAUGGUGGCAGCUGCCGUACUACUGGGCCGGCAUCAAGAUGUACGACCUGGUGGCCGGGAUCCAGAACCUGAAGAGCAGCUACGUCCUCAGCAAGGCCUCGGCCCUGGAGCGCUUCCCCAUGCUCAACAAGGACAAGCUGGUGGGAGCCAUCGUCUACUACGACGGGCAGCACAAUGACGCCCGCAUGAACCUGGCCAUCGCCAUCAGCGCCGCCCGCCACGGCGCCGCCGUCGCCAACUACACGGAGGUGGUGCGCCUGCUGAAGGCCAAGGACCCGCAGGGCGGCGAGGAGGAGAAGGUGUGCGGCGCCCGCUGCCGGGACGUGGUCACGGGACAAGAGUUCGACGUGAAGGCCAAGUGCGUGAUCAACGCCACGGGACCCUUCACGGACUCCCUGAGGAAGAUGGACAACCAGGAGACCAAGAACAUCUGCCAGCCCAGCGCCGGCGUUCACAUCGUCAUCCCCGGCUACUACAGCCCUGACAACAUGGGUCUGCUGGACCCGUCCACGAGCGACGGGCGCGUCAUCUUCUUCCUGCCCUGGGAGAAGAUGACCAUCGCCGGGACGACCGACUCGCCCACCAGCGUGACGGCCCACCCCAUCCCGGGGGAGGACGACAUCAACUUCAUCCUGAGGGAGAUCCGCAACUACCUGAGCCCCGACGUAGAAGUGCGCCGAGGAGACGUGCUGGCGGCGUGGAGCGGCAUCCGCCCGCUGGUGACCGACCCAAACUCCAAGGACACCCAGUCCAUCUGCAGGAACCACAUCGUCAGCAUCAGCGCCAGCGGACUGGUCACCAUCGCCGGUGGGAAGUGGACCACCUACAGGUCCAUGGCCGAGGAGACUCUGGACGCCGCCGUCAAGACCCACGGCCUCUCGGCGGAGCCCUGCAAGACCGUGGGCCUGAUGCUGGAGGGCGCCAAGGGCUGGACGCCCACGCUCUACAUCCGCCUGGUGCAGGACUACGGCCUGGAGAACGAGGUCGCUCAGCACCUGGCCUCCACCUACGGGGGGAAGGCCUUCGACGUGGCCAAGAUGGCAAAGGUCACCGGGCAGAGGUGGCCCAUCGUGGGCAAAAGACUGGUGUCCGAGUUCCCUUACAUCGAGGGCGAGGUGCUGUACGCCAUCAAGGAGUACGCCUGCACGGCCAUCGACGUCAUCGCCCGGCGGACGCGGCUGGGCUUCCUCAACGUGCAGGCGGCCGACGAGGCGCUGCCGCGCAUCGUGCAGAUCAUGGGGAAGGAGCUGGGCUGGAGCGAGGAGCAGAAGACGACGGAGCUGGAAGCAGCCAGGAAGUUCUUGUACCUGGAGAUGGGCUACAGGUCUCGCUCCGAGCAGCUGACCAAGACGUCGGAGAUCAACCUGGACAACCAGGAAGUCGCCAGGUACAAGAAACGGUUCCAUAAGUUCGACAAAGAGAGCAAAGGAUUCAUCACCACUGUGGACGUCCAGCAGGUCUUGGAGAGCAUCAAUGUCACCAUUGAUGAAAAUGCGCUUCAUGAAAUCCUCAACGAGGUCGACCUCAACAAGAACGGACAAGUGGAGAUUGACGAGUUCAUGCAGCUGAUGAGCGCGGUGAAGAAGGGACAAGUGUCCGACAGCCGCCUGGCCAUCCUGAUGAAGGCGGCGGAGGAGACGCUGAACACCAGGGGGCCCGUGACGGUGGACCGCAGCGGCGGCGGGUUCUGAGCCCCACGCAGAGACGAGAGAUGACACUGAGCCCGGCCGAAUCAAGCGCCCCUCCUGAGCGUGCUGCGGGGGGGGGGGGGGACGGAAGCUAAAGAGGGGGGCGGAGGUUUGUUUCCUCAACAUCUGGUGCCUCCGAUGCUCCUCAGCACAUCUGUCUUCUGACCGUUUGCUUUGUCCUCUGCGAAGCUCCUUUUUGAACUUGAUCAGUGAGACGCUGAUUGUUGCUCCGUGUGCUGCAGCUGUCAUUUGGGUUUUGCUUCAUCUUACGGCUCCAAUUAUUCUGAAUAAUUCUAAGAAACGUUCAAUACAAACGUUGACUUGAACAAGUGAGCCAGUCACUAAUUCUAAGAACCACGGGCCCCUCAAGUAAAGCCCAACGGAGCUUUGCACUGUAUUGUUCUGCUGCUUUACAAGUACUCACCAGGUAAUAUCGAAUGGUUCUGAAGGCACUGAAGUGACUUCCUCUGCUCUAAUUUAGCUUUUAUUGCACUCUGAGCAAACUGAUUCUGUGCUUUCUAGCUUUAGUGAGGAUGUGCGUUUUAAUCUGCUAUUUCCAUAAAUAUAUAAAUAUAUAUUUGUCCUUUUUGCUUAUGUAACUGCAGCCAAAUAGAGACUGAAAUACGUUUCCACAGAUGGAAAUAAGUUGCUUGAGCUAGAUUUCAUUUGUUUUUUAAUCAUUUGCAUGCUUUAUAAAGCAACAUAUUUAUUUUUACAAAGUGCAUUUCACGUGCAGUUUAUUCCCGUACUACUCGUGGCUGUUUGCUGUAUUGCUGCAUGCUAUCGGCAGAUCAUUUCAUUGUUUGUGUGACACUAAUGUUGCAUUUGUUUGGGAUUUCCUUCACUGUGCCUCGAUGUGCCUGAGAUCAAGGAGCCAGCGGCUUCACGAUGCCUCGCUCCAUGUUCACAAACUACUCUUCUAUCGUACGAACCAAUUUGGGGGGUUCCUGAAUAGAGGUCCCGACGUGCUGCCAUGUUGGAGGGGUUGACAGUAGGUCAAAGGUCAAAUUUAGAUUUGCUUAUGCGGUUAAACCAUCAACUUGUGUGAGGAAAGAGAUAAAAGUUCCUGUCCAUAGUUCAGAUACAUAUUUCCACAGCUCCCACCUUUGAAAACGAAAGCAAACCUGAGAUUUCCUUCCUCCAACGUGGCAGUGAUCGCAGGUUUAGAGGUUUUUAUACUGUACAACACUGUCCUGACUGCCUUUUUAUUACGCUUUAUGAUUAACUACUUGGAUUUAUUGUUAUGCAGUAAACAAUCAUUCCACAAUG